AAGUAUCUUGGUGCCGAUGAUUUGAAUGCCAUGACAGUAGUUAUAGAAGUGUAACAAGAAUUGAAGUGAGCGCUGAUAUAGAAUGGGCGCUUGCAAACUACGCACAUGCGCACAUGCGGGAUUUCGAGCGCAGACAGCUGUGUCUUCUGCAGACCAUGUCGGUCAAUGAUCCCCUCGCCAAUGCCCUCCCAUCAGCGUCUGCUCAUCACUCUCUCAUACUUAUCUCCACCACUCCUUCCUUGCACGACCCACCACCACCCUAUCCCUCGCAAGAACGCCGCACGCGCACCACACGCUCAGGACGCCGCCGCCGCACCAUCGAUCAGGCGCACGACAACGUUUCGCACGUCCCAAUAAUACACACUGCCGGGAGCUCUGACUAUGAAACACCUUCGCCUUCAAUCCCUCACCAGUACGACGCAGACGACCGGGAUAACGAUGUCUCGGAGACGACACCCCUUCUGCUUGCGUCCCCACGCAGCCCAGCACGGCUACCGCCUGGCGGCAUCACACGACAGCGCACGCUUUCGCUGACGAGCACUGUGCCCUCGUCCGCCUCUGUCGCGCCGUCCUUCGCGCAGACAGUCUUAUCGGCGUUCAACCCAGAGCGUGACUGCGAUGUCGAUCCGGAGUGCGAGGAGCAUGUGGGCGGCGGAAGCGAGAGCGAGGGCCGGCCCGACUCGCCACCCCCGCUGCGCAGCGGGAACCUCGACGACGAGCAGCGUGCGUUCGUGGCGGAGCUCGCGAGCGGGCAUAGGCAGGCCAGGCAGCGGCACGUCUCGUGGACGACUCGCUGGAGGAGGUACUUCCGCCCGAUGGGCAAGCGGGCAUACUACGCUGCACUCUUUCAUCUUCUUCUGCUCAACUUUCCCUAUGCGCUCCUGGCAUGGCUGUACCUCUUCGUCCUCACUGUGGCAGGCACGACCACGCUAAUGGCAUUACCCCUGGGCGCGGUGCUUUGCUUCCUCGACCUUAUCGGUGCGCGGGUCAUCUCCAGAGGCGAGCUCGCGCUGCAGACGACAUUCCAUGGUCCGCUCGCGCACAGCGUGCCGCAUCCACCGCUCCCCAUCUUUAUCCGUCUCCGUCCGCCAACCCAGGCGGAACUAGAAGCGGGCCUGACGCUUGUUCCCGAAACGUCGUUCUAUCGCAACGCAUACGCAAUGUUCACGGAUCCGACAUCCUACCAAGCACUCUUCUAUUUCCUCGUCAUCAAGCCGGGCAUCACGAUCCUCACGUCGCUCUUCCUCCUCCUGCUCGUCCCGCUCUCAUUCGUGCUCGUCUUUCCUGCGCCCGCUGCGCUCCGCCUCGCGCGCCGGCUCGGCAUCUGGCAGGCGAACGUCGCGUUAGAAGGCCUAUGCCUUGCGGUGCGCUAAGUUUUAUGGACAUGUGUCGGAUAGGGCACGCCAGUAGUGUACUUGUAAUGUACGUCAGUCUCAUUUGUUGUCAGCAUCAUCAUCAUCAUUGUUUACUGUUACUACAUCGAGGAUGACACAUUCCCGCUUGUCCAAUGCAUAUAUGAACAUUUUUCCUACACCUCUGCUUCGUGCCUGUUCUGUGUUUUUGGCCUGUGCGGAAAGGAACUCACCCUCUCUAGUAUGCGCUGCCCUGGAGCGGCAUGCCCUGCGGGAAGAGCUGCUUGAAGAGGUCAGGAUAGUGGCGUUCUGCAACGUCCGGGUCACAGCCUGCACAGAUUUAUUUUUCCAGGGGAAACCUGAUGGAAAAAUGGUGAAAAUAUCUUAAGUCUGGAUAUGAAAAUAGUUUGGAAAUCAG